UGAGAGCUUAAACUGGCAACUUUGUGGGAGCCAGCAGAUCAGGAACCAUUCAUUGUCACACCUCAAUUGCCAGACCAUACUUCGACUCGAUGUUGCAGUCCUGAUUAUCAAAUAGCUUUCCCAGAGACUUAUCGCCGCGCGCAAAUCAGCCUUGAGCUCUACGCUGGCCGGAAUCCAAGGGCCAAGGUGACACUACUUUGGCUCUUGUUGCUCCGGAUCUCCAACUUCCAUUGCCAUGUUGUCAAGGAACCACGUGCAACAUCACAGGAACCGGUAAACCCGCAUUUAUCGGUGGUAUAGCGCAUCAUUCACACCAAUUCACUUUCACAAAGGACUAAAAGAGCAUGCAAAGCCUCCUGCAAGGAUGGUAAAAGUCCCGAAUCUCUUCCUCAGCGAUGAGGAAAUGGGCAAGAAAAAUGAUGAUCACCGAACGGACCGGAAAGGUCUAGGCACCACCUGGGCGCCCUCAACCCAGCGCUUCACCCUGCAACCCCGAAGAGCCCUGAAGCGUCUUGCGCUCUUGGCUCUCGCCGUGUUCUUGAUCUACCAGUUUGUCGUCAACAUCCCGACAGAUGUCCCCAUCAGGGAUCGCCGUCGUCCCAACUACCGAAAUCCGGAUGCUGCCCUGGGGAAUGAUGCACAGGAUCGGCCACCGCCGGCCGUCGCUCCGGGAUCAAAGGGCACACAAGUGAUGGCGCCUGCACAGCCACCACAACUACCACAGCUCGCACAGCCCGCCGAGGUCUUCAGCGGCCACAGCAUCAAGUUCCCUGCCCUCGCCGCCUCUCUCGGCACCAUCGCAGAGACGGGAGGUUUCUUUAAGGCGAAUAAGAAUGUCUUGUUUGCUGCAUCGAGUCUCAAAAGCGUUGCCAAGCUUCUUCCCAUUGCUUGUCAGAUGGGCCAGGAGCUACGAAAUUAUGUUCACUUUGCAUUGAUGAGCAGAAGUGACAUUGACUUCUCACAGCUGCAAGCAAUAAACGGCAUUGAUAAAUCUUGCCGUAUUAUAUUUCACGAUGCUCGACCUGAUAAUUCUGCAAAGUCCACUGACGCACGGCUGGCUGAAGCUGUCAAAAAAGCAGUUGCUCAUAUCACCCACUUUAUGAACCCCCAAGUCAUCAUCGUUGACAACUAUGUAGCCGAGGAGACGUACUUCAUGGAGACUAUGAAGAACCACAUCACGACCCAGGAGACUACCUUGAUCGAAAUGCCAUUAAACGGAUUAGAAAAGCUGUCUUGGAUGACGAAACUAGACAGCGCAUCUCUUGCUGCCUGGAACAAAGUCACCAUCGACAUUCUUAUACAUGCAACGCCCGGAGCAUCCGGCAGUCUGGCCAGAUUGCUCAAAUCACUCCGCUUUGCAGACUAUAGCGCGUCUCACAUUCCUCAUAUAACCAUAGACUUGCCUCAUAAGGUUGACCCCGAGACUGCGAGAUUGCUGGAUCAAUUUGUCUGGCCUCCAGGGCCUCCCCCCGGGACCAACUCGCCUCGCCGGGUUUCAGUCAGGCAUCGAAUUGCAAGGAAGGCGUUGACAGAGGACGAGAGCUCGGUUCGAUUUCUUGAAUCGUUCUGGCCCACGCGGCCUGCACACUCGCACGUUUUUCUCCUCUCACCUGAGGCUGAGCUUUCGUCUAAUUUUUUCCAUUACCUCAAGUAUUCAGUCUUGGAGUACCGAUAUUCGAACGCUGCCGUCCUCCAGGAGUCGGAGAGCCGUCUUUUUGGCAUCAGUCUGGUAUCGCCGGACGUGUAUUUGGAUGGAUCGCGCCCAUUUGAACCGCCACCAAUUGCCGACACCGCAUCAGCAACAAGGUCUUCCUCAUUCCUCUGGCAAGCACCGAAUAACCACGCGAUGCUUAUAUUCGGCAGCAAAUGGAUCGAGCUUCACGGCCUUGUGUCCCAGGUGCUUGACGUGCAGGGGAGCAACAGCAGAGAAGAUCUUCCCAAGCUGCUGUCCCAAAAGGCCAUCAGCGCCCGGUUCCCCGCCUGGCUAGAACACGCGCUCCGCCUCUGCCGGGCACGAAACUACUUUGCGCUUUAUCCGAGUCCUGCGGCAUCUCCAAAAAUAGCCACAGUCCACACGGAAUUGCAGCGACCUCCCGAGGAGUAUCGCAACCAGCAACACGCAAAAGAUCAAAGCAGUGGCAAUGAUGAGGCUGUAAUUCUGUCUCGGGGUCCUCUGCUUGAUACUAUGCUGGAAGGCGGAGCCUUACCUCCUCUUUACGAAUUGCCGACGGUUUCGUGGGAUGGAGCGGCGGUGGAGAUUGGUGAGCAUGAGGCGCGCGCCUUGAAGUACACCACCGAGUUCCGGAGGACUGUGGGCGGAUGUGGGGAUGAUAAGGUUGUUGAUUUCAGAGCAGAUUUGUUUUGCGCAAAUCAUAAGAGACAAUAAGGUUGAGAGAUGCUGAGAAAUAUGUCUCAACCUUGGUUGAAUUUUGAGCUAUAAAAAUCAGAGUGUUACACAUGUUCCAACGAUUGUCACUACGAUGAGGGUUAGAAUCUACGGCCGGUGUGUAUCAGUUUACAUUCUCGAUUAACUAAGAGAUGAACACGGCCCAAGGGGAUACUGGGUAAGGGUAUAGACCUACACUCUGAGUCUUCCAUCCAGACUGGACAAGAGCCGCACGCCUGCCGUACUUGUCGACGGUUUCUGGUCUCGACCGUUAGUAAACAAAGGACGGGGAAACAAAGAAGAGAGAGGCUAAGGGGGGGCAAGGUUCCUACUGAUGUAGUUUGUCAGACCCAACCCCAAACAUGUGGCCGAUAGCACCCAAAAGAUCAGCCCCAACGGCUUGGCCAUGCGGAGCUCUAUCUCGGUGGGCUCGAGCUUGAGAUGGAACGACAGGAUGAUGGCGGCUGAUACCAGGGCCAUGAACAUUGCGAGGCGUAGAUAGGCGAGAAAGGCUGCAGAAAAAUAUGUUAGUCGGUUUUUUCAGGGGAUUCGUCUCAUCAAGAAGGGUUCGUCGGUGUCAUUUACUUCGUUCGUUGGCGCAAUGGUCGCGGCAGUCGCUCGUCUCGUUUUCAAAUAGCAGGGGGCCGAGAAAGGGCCACGUGAAAAAGACGCCAUCGCCGCGUUUGUUGGCUCUGUGAGGAAAUGGAGUUCGUUGCUCAAAGGGUCAGAUCAUGCUUUCCGUUGAAUAUUUUCUACUGGGGUCCAGGUAAAAAAAAAAAAAAAAAAAAAACGAUAACAGCGAAUAACAAGCUAAAAUGUAUAAAACAGCUGCCCGCUGCCUUGUGAGACACCUUAGAUAGAAGCCAGCCAAACAGACCCCCGUUGCCGCAAGUGUGCGGGAUGACGUAUAACAAGGCUACACAUGCGCCGUCAGUGUCUCACCUUGCAAAGGACUCU